AUGAUGACAGCAACUGAUCCCCGACCUGAGUACGGCGAUGAAAUCACAGCCUUCCAGGAGCGCACGGCGAGGCUGGAGGCGCAAAAGCCGAGCUUUCCGGCAUGCAACGGCCAGAAUGGCGCAGCUGCUCAAGCUGCGUCUGUGCUCACUGCUGGUCCAUCCAUGUCCCCAAACGGAGCCACUCACACUCCUUCGACUUCAAGGUUGCUGUUCAGCGACCACGGCACAUCUCCUCUUGUGGGCAUCGACCGUUUCAAGCAAGAUCUCGUAGAUCUGCUGAAGCAAGUCGAAGGUGAACCCAGAGAGCUGAGGGUGAUCUCCAUCCUUGGGGUUCGCGGCGUCGGGAAGACUGCCCUCGCAAGGGCAAUCUACCAAGCCUGUGGCACUUUCGGCGACCAGGAGCCGUUCGACUGUCAUGCUAUGGUAAUGGUACGGCCUGACGACAAUGUGGCUUCCCGGGAGCAAUGGCGCAGCGGAGCUCUUGAGGGAGAUCCUGAUACAAGUUGGCAACAUUGCAGGCCAGAUCUCCAAUACUUCUGCUGCCGAGUUGGAAAAUAUUCUGCGUAA